ACGGCGUUCCGGACUAUACCCUCGACGAUGACUGCGAGUGGCCUCGGACCAAACCCCACGCCUCCCGAGACACGGUCGAGUGAGGCUUCGGUCUCCGUGCUCGCCGAUCGCCGCAAUAUAAUACCAAUUAAAACACUGCACUGUAUGGCAAGUCUACCCUACAAUGAAUCCCCAAAUCUGCUGUACCAAACAUUCACUUGCCUAAAACGGUUAGCACAGACACAUCCACCCAGGCAAAAGAGGGGACUUCAAUCGACUACUCUUGUUACGGCGGAGGAGCCGCGCGCUCGGUCCGUGGGCGUCAAACCCGAGCGUUCCUUUAAUCGCGGGCUGUGGUUCCGCCGGAAGAUGCCGGUCCUUAGUUUCUGCAACGUGAAAGCCCGUCCUCCCAAUUUCUCGCACGGCAACCGCCGGACGCGACCGCCUGCCGAUGCCCUCUGGGUCCCACGCCACCCAAACAAACCCACCUAACUUUAGUAAAGGGAAACGUACG